AUGGAAUGGACGGCUGCUUGUUUUAUCGCCACCGCCGUAGUUACAGUGCAGCACAGCGUGACGGGCGAGUGGGCCUACGUCUACGGUGGCGGUCUCAGCGCUCCUCCCGUUGUGGCGGUCAGUCCUACAUCCGUGGUCUAUCCCCACGGCGUGGUCGUCAUGCCUCCGCCUGUCUACGCCGCGGCCCCCAACCCGCCCCUCCCCGCCAAGAAGAAGGAUGUCGCUGGCGGACAGAAGGAUUGCGACGAAAAGGACGAGAAGAAGGAGAAGGGCAAGGGAUGGUGGGAGACGAAGUCCGACAAGGACGGGGACCGGUACUGGGAGCACACGGUGACGAAGAAGAUCACCUACAAGGACCCUUACUACUGAAACAACUUGANUAGUAGUAGUAGUAUCUAGUCUUGCGUAGUAAAUUUCCCUGGAUGUUUCCUUCUCUUGAGAUGGUGUGGUGAAGUGGUUUAUGCGUUAAUCUAUCUGAAGAGGAGCUGUGUCUUCUUGAAUUUGCAACGUACAUGUGUUUGAUGCGGGGGUAGUUGUUGGUACUUGCCUUCCUUUGCCCCGGCACGUUGCAGCAUUGGUUGGAGGUUGGGAGGGGGGAAAUAUGUGCGGGCCCGCUUGUUGAGGCAUUGCGGCAGAUUGUAUGUACGUAGCUUGGUCAAGAUUAGUUCGAAAUCACAGAGAAGCUCUCGAGUGAAUAACAUUACAUAUUUUCUCAAUUUGAUUUAAGAGUGAAAGAAAGAAGGGGCUGGCGUUGCUUGCUGUCUCCCGCAAUCUCUCGUGUUGUUCGUCAUUCAUCCCUUCCGCGUCUUGCGCUGUUUUUCUGUCUUGUUCUUGUGUGGUUUGGUCGGAAAGCUUUAGGUAUUUGCGAUUCUUGAUGCAAGUACACUAUUCACGGGGACGCGAUGCGUCCAACGGCUUGACGAACGUGUCAGACUGACACCGGAUGUAAACCCCUGUAGCGUGGCUAGUGUUUAGGCAUUAUGGUUGGGGGCGGUGGUGGCUGCGGCGCUGUGGAAUGCCGGUGUCGCUGAUUUGAUGUUGAUAUCAUAUCACAAACCGCCUUGGUGGCCUGCCGCUGUACAGCAGUAGUAGCGUCAUUUGGUUGUACGACAUGACCGUUUUGCCUUUUUUUUAAUAUCCUAAAAGGUGGCGUUCAGCACUCUGUUGGGGUUUCGUUAAUGCCGUGUGUAUCUACGAUGGGGGUAGGAUCCUUUUCCAGAUAGGCGAUUCGCUGGGCAGCAUGCAUGUAAUCGUGAA